UUAACCGUGCUUCGAUUAUCCGUGUUCGCGAUUAACCGUGCUCACUCUUCCGAAAAUUUAAAAAUAGUUAUGGAUUGUACAUAUUAUGGCGAUAACAAUAUCAAGAUAAACAAUAUUGUAGAUUAUUACAAAUUGUAUUUAUCGUAUCACCUUCAGUUUACUAUAAGCGUUCGCGACGUUACCUUAUCUAAUAAUGAGUGUUAAACGAAAACGUAUCGUUCUUUCUCUUGAGAAAAAAGUGUUGAUUAUUAACCGAGCUGUAGAUCAUGGUGAAAGUAUACAAAAACUUGCAGACGAGUUUGGCGUGGGUCAACAGACAGUUCGUGACUUAAUCAAACAAAAAAAUGAAAUUUUUAAGUUCAUAUCUUGUCCAGAAUUAUCAGCUACGAGAAAAACUAUGAAAAAGUCAUCAUUAUCAGAUAUGGAAUCUGCUCUUUUUGAAUGGUUUAAACAGAAGCGUAUUGAAGGACUUCCAAUUUCUGGGCCAAUAGUUUGUGAAAAACCAAAAUGGUUUCAUGAAAAUUUGAAAAUAGAGGAAAGUUUUAAUGCUUCACAAGGUUGGUUAUUUAGAUUCAAAACUCGUCAUGGUAUAAGACAGCUGGACAUUCAAGGUGAAUGUCUCAGUGGAGAUUUGACUGCUGCAACACUGUUUAAUGACGAAUUCAAUUCAAUGCUUUCAAAAUUGAACCUGUCCCCUGAUCAAGUGUACAACGCAGAUGAAUCAGGUCUAUUCUGGAAAAUGUUACCCUCAAAAACACUUGCCGCGCAAUCUGAAAAAUCAGCUCCUGGACAUAAAUCUAGCAAAGAACGACUUACUAUUAUGACAUGUUCAAAUGCAACCGGUACACAUAAGAUCAAAUUAACUGUAAUUGGAAAAGCUAAAAAACCAAGAUCUUUUAAAGGAACCGAAAUGAAAUAUUUUCCAUGUGAUUAUUACCACCACCCNAGAAAUAUUUUCCAUGUGAUUAUUUAUUACCACCUCAGAAAUGUUUUGUUCAAUUGUAAUAAAUGUCAAAAAAGGGGCCAUAAAUGGCAUGAAUGCAGAACGCACCCCCAUAAAAAACAGCAGCAGCAGCAGCAGCAGAAACAUAAGCAACAUAAGCAGCAUCAACAGCAGCAGCAGCAGCAUGAGAAAUGCUACAUUUCAUAA